AUGGAAUCUGGGAGAAGGGGAUGGAAUCUGGAAGAAGGGGAUGGAAUCUGGGAGAAGGGGAUGGAAUCAGGGAGAAGGGAUGGAAUUUGGGAGAAGGGGAUGGAAUUUGGGAGAAGGGGAUGGAAUCUGAGAGAAGGGGAUGGAAUCUGGGAGAAGGGGAUGGAACCUGGGAGAAGGGGAUGGAAUCUGGGAGAAGGGGAUGGAAUCUGGGAGAAGGGGAUGGAAUCUGGGAGAAGGGGAUGGAAUGAGGGAGAAGGGGAUGGAAUCUGGGAGAAGGGGAUGGAAUCUCGGAGAAGGGAUGGAAUCUGGGAGAAGGGGAUGGAAUCGGGAAGAAGGGGAUGGAAUCCGGGAGAAAGGGAUGAAAUCUGGGAGAAGGGGAUGGAAUCUGGGAGAAGGGGAUGGAAUCGGGGAGAAGGGGAUGGAAUCAGGGAGAAGGGGAUGGAAUUUGGGAGAAGGGGAUGGAAUCUGGAGAAGGGGAUGGAAUCUGGGAGAAGGGGAUGGAAUUUGGGAGAAGGGGAUGGAAUCUGGGAUAAGGGGUUGGAAUCUGGGAGAAGGGGAUGGAAUCUGGGAGAAGGGGAUGGAAUUUGGGAGAAGGGGAUAGAAUAUGGAGAAGGGGAUGGAAUCUGGGAGAAGGGGAUGGAAUCUGGGAGAAGGGGAUGGAAUUUGGGAGAAGGGGAUGGAAUCAGGGAGAAGAGAUGGAAUUUGGGAGAAGGGGAUGGAAUCUGGGAGAAGGGGAUGGAAUCUAGGAGAAGGGGAUGGAAUCAGGGAGAAGGGGAUGGAAUCGGGGAGAAGGGGUUGGAAUCAGGGAGAAGGGGAUGGAAUUUGGGAGAAGGGGAUGGAAUCUGGAGAAGGGGAGGGAAUCUGGGAGAAGGGGAUGGAAUUUGGGAGAAGGAGAUGGAAUCUGGGAGAAGGGAAUGGAAUCUGGGAGAAGGGGAUGGAAUCUGGGAGAAGGGGAUGGAAUCUGGGAGAAGGGGAUGGAAUAUGGGAGAAGGGGAUGGAAUCAGGGAGAAGGGGAAGGAAUCUGGGAGAAGGGGAUGGAAUCUGGGAGAAGGGGAUGGAAUCUGGGAGAAGGGGAUGGAAUCUAGGAGAAGGGGAUGGAAUCUGGGAGAAGGGGAUGGAAUCAAGGAGAAGGGGAUGGAAUCGGGGAGAAGGGGUUGGAAUCAGGGAGAAGGGGAUGGAAUUUGGGAGAAGGGGAUGGUAUCUGGGAGAAGGGGAUGGAAUCUAGGAGAAGGGGAUGGAAUCUGGGAGAAGGGGAUGGAAUCUGGGAGAAGGGGAUGGAAUCUAGGAGAAGGGGAUGGAAUCUGGGAGAAGGGGAUGGAAUCUGGGAGAAAGGGAUGGAAUCUGGGAGAAGGGGAUGGAAUCUGGGAGAAGGGGAUGGAAUCUGGGAGAAGGGGAUGGAAUCUGGGAGAAGGGGAUGGAAUCUGGGAGAAGGGGAUGGUAUCUGGGAGAAGGGGAUGGAAUCUAGGAGAAGGGGAUGGAAUCUGGGAGAAGGGGAUGGAAUCUGGGAGAAGGGGAUGGAAUCUGGGAGAAGGGGAUGGACUCUGGGAGAAGGGGAUGGAAUCUGGGAGAAGGGGAUGGAAUCUAGGAGAAGGGGAUGGAAUCAGGGAGAAGGGGAUGGAAUCUGGGAGAAGGGGAUGGAAUCAGGGAGAAGAGGAUGAAAUCUGGGAGAAGGGGAUAGAAUCUGGGAGAAGGGGGGGAUGGAAUCUGGGAGAAGGGGAUGGAAUCAGGGAGAAGGGGAUGGAAUAUGGGAGAAGGGGAUGGAAUCUGGGAGAAGGGGAUGGAAUCUGGGAGAAGGGGAUGGACUCUGGGAGAAGGGGAUGGAAUCUGGGAGAAGGGGAUGGAAUCUGGGAGAAGGGGAUAGAAUCUGGGAGAAGGGGAUGGAAUCUGGGAGAAGGGGACGGAAUCAGGGAGAAGGGGAUGAAAUCUGGGAGAAGGGGAUGGAAUCUUGGAGAAGGGGGUGGAAUCUGGAGAAGGGGAGGGAAUCUGGGAGAAGGGGAUGGAAUUUGGGAGAAGGAGAUGGAAUCUGGGAGAAGGGAAUGGAAUCUGGGAGAAGGGGAUGGAAUCUGGGAGAAGGGGAUGGAAUCUGGGAGAAGGGGAUGGAAUAUGGGAGAAGGGGAUGGAAUCAGGGAGAAGGGGAAGGAAUCUGGGAGAAGGGGAUGGAAUCUGGGAGAAGGGGAUGGAAUCUGGGAGAAGGGGAUGGAAUCUAGGAGAAGGGGAUGGAAUCUGGGAGAAGGGGAUGGAAUCAAGGAGAAGGGGAUGGAAUCGGGGAGAAGGGGUUGGAAUCAGGGAGAAGGGGAUGGAAUUUGGGAGAAGGGGAUGGUAUCUGGGAGAAGGGGAUGGAAUCUAGGAGAAGGGGAUGGAAUCUGGGAGAAGGGGAUGGAAUCUGGGAGAAGGGGAUGGAAUCUAGGAGAAGGGGAUGGAAUCUGGGAGAAGGGGAUGGAAUCUGGGAGAAAGGGAUGGAAUCUGGGAGAAGGGGAUGGAAUCUGGGAGAAGGGGAUGGAAUCUGGGAGAAGGGGAUGGAAUCUGGGAGAAGGGGAUGGAAUCUGGGAGAAGGGGAUGGUAUCUGGGAGAAGGGGAUGGAAUCUAGGAGAAGGGGAUGGAAUCUGGGAGAAGGGGAUGGAAUCUGGGAGAAGGGGAUGGAAUCUGGGAGAAGGGGAUGGACUCUGGGAGAAGGGGAUGGAAUCUGGGAGAAGGGGAUGGAAUCUAGGAGAAGGGGAUGGAAUCAGGGAGAAGGGGAUGGAAUCUGGGAGAAGGGGAUGGAAUCAGGGAGAAGAGGAUGAAAUCUGGGAGAAGGGGAUAGAAUCUGGGAGAAGGGGGGGAUGGAAUCUGGGAGAAGGGGAUGGAAUCAGGGAGAAGGGGAUGGAAUAUGGGAGAAGGGGAUGGAAUCUGGGAGAAGGGGAUAGAAUCUGGGAGAAGGGGAUGGACUCUGGGAGAAGGGGAUGGAAUCUGGGAGAAGGGGAUGGAAUCUGGGAGAAGGGGAUAGAAUCUGGGAGAAGGGGAUGGAAUCUGGGAGAAGGGGAUGGACUCUGCGAGAAGGGGAUGGAAUCUGGGAGAAGGGGAUGGAAUCUAGGAGAAGGGGAUGGAAUCAGGGAGAAGGGGAUGGAAUCUGGGAGAAGGGGAUGGAAUCAGGGAGAAGAGGAUGAAAUCUGGGAGAAGGGGAUAGAAUCUGGGAGAAGGGGGUGGACUCUGGGAGAAGGGGAUGGAAUCUGGGAGAAGGGGAUGGAAUCUGGGAGAAGGAGAUGGAAUCUGGGAGAAGGGGAUGGAAUCUGGGAGAAGGGGAUGGAAUCUGGGAGAAGGGGAUGGAAUCAGGGAGAAGGGGAUGGAAUAUGGGAGAAGGGGAUGGAAUCUGGGAGAAGGGGAUGGAAUCUGGGAGAAGGGGAUGGACUCUGGGAGAAGGGGAUGGAAUCUGGGAGAAGGGGAUGGAAUCUGGGAGAAGGGGAUAGAAUCUGGGAGAAGGGGAUGGAAUCUGGGAGAAGGGGACGGAAUCAGGGAGAAGGGGAUGAAAUCUGGGAGAAGGGGAUGGAAUCUUGGAGAAGGGGGUGGAAUCUAGGAGAAGGGGAUGGAAUCUAG